GCGAGUGUUCGUCACUUUUGUCUUUCUCUGCGGGAUUAAAAGUGACCAACAUCUUUUUGUUUCGUGCUGACAUCAUGAACUUGUUUUUAUUCUUUCUUCUGGUCGUGCAAAUGCACAUCGUGACGCCUGUGAUUCACACGCUGCAGUAUUUCUACACUGCGUCCUCUCAAGUUCCAAACUUCCCAGAGUAUGUGGAUGUUGGUUAUGUUGAUGGAGUUGAGAUUAGUUACUAUGACAGCAACAUCAGGAAAGCAGAAUCCAAACAGGACUGGAUGAACAAAAUCACAGCAGAGGAGCCAAAAUACUGGCAGAGAGAAACAGAGAUCAGUGUUGGUAAUGAGUUUACUGCCAAACACAACCUUGAAGUUCUUAAGAAGCGUUUCAACCAAACUGGAGACAUGGACAUAUACUGCAGCAAAACCACAAGCUUUCCCUGA